GGGUUGUUUUUUUAAGACUUUUGGUCGGAAAAAAAAAAAUCUGCGUAAAGCUUCGUCCUUUUUGCGUGUGGGGGGAAUCGCCUGGGUGGCUUCUCUUCUCUCCCAGACGAUUUUGCGUUGGCAAAUCCAGAGAUAUCUCAAUCAACACCGCCGAGUCAACUCGCUCUACCCGCAUCAGGAGGAGCCAUGAAUCGGCUGAGAGGCCGAGGGGCAUGGAUUCUAGGUUCCGCAGCUAUGCCUCAUCUGAAGAAGAGAGCCCAGAACUCAUUGGUCGCCCUCCAAGACUCUUAUCUCUCCACCAAGGAUUUGCUGGAGAGGCAGAGGGUGGUGUUUACAGUUGCAACUUCUGUUGCAUCUGUUGCUACCGCUUGGAUUGGUUAUUCAUUACGCCACUACAAUGAAACUAGGAUCGAUCAGAGGCUGGAAUCCAUUGAGAAUGCGAUGAAACACACCCAUGAAUUGGAACGAGGAGAACUCAAGGAGCUUGUUGAUCCAGUCGGUUCCAGGUUCACUUCAACAAUUGCCGCCGCUGGAACCACUUUGAUCAUCGGGUAUGGGUUGGGAUGGCGUGGAGGGAUAUGGUAUGCAAACAGGAAGUUUAAGAGAGAACAAAUGAGAUUGGCUGGGCAGUUAAAACCGAGAGAAUGGAAGUUAUUGUUAGGGAGGAUAAAACCCCGAGCUUGGCCUACCUCAAGGUUCCUCAGACGACCAUUCCCAAGGCAGACCAAAACAUCAACAACAGAAAAUGCUUUGAAGACACCACCACCUGAGGGUGCGGCUUGAAGAAUCAGAAAACUGGUUUGGGGAGAAACAAUUCAAAAGCAAUAGCUAAUCGAAACAAAAGAACGAUUACCAUUUUGUUUACUCUCUCUGUAGAUCCUCGACACUAAUCUAAAAGUCUAUACAUCGGUUUUGUCAUGAAGCCAAAGGCUGUUUGUUCCUCUUUGUUCCUUGGUAAUUGAUCAAGUUCAAAUACUUUUUUCUUCUU